UUGUUUUACAUACUUAAAUAUAAAAAGGAUGUAGGAAAAUAAUCUUAUUAUAAAAAUUAAAUACACGGGUAUAACUCAAUUGCUUUGUAAACAAAAUAAUGUUGGAAAUAUGUAAAUGCAUUAUAUUUCUUUCAUCAGUUGGUGUUAUUGUUGGUGAUAUUUGUUACUAUGACGACGGAUCACAUUACGGACAAAUCAUCGGGUGUCCAGCAUCUUGUUGUGGAACAGGCAAAAAUCCAUGUUGUGUUGAAUCUUACUCCAGACUGCCAUACGUCGUAGGAGCUAUAGUGUCUGUAGCAUUGUUGUUGGUAUGUUUGAUCGUUUGUUGUGUUUACAGAGCACAUACAACAGCAUACUCAAGACCUCUACUCUUGCCUCAGGAAAACCAGGAACAACAAUUAUUGGAACUGCGACAAGCAAGUAAAGAGUACCAUAUUGUUGUAUUCAGUGGGAAACAGAACACAAAGCUUGAAUUGCUACCUCGUUACAGCGACAUAUAUCCUCAGUCGGAGUUGUCAACAAGCACAACAGCCGACAAAGCUAGUCUUAGAAGAAACGACUCAACGAGAAGUUCGUCCCUUUAUGGGUCAUUAUUUCGGAACAGUAAUUUGAGAAAUGCUUUUAAACGUGGACAAGUCAGAGAACCUUCCUCAUUCGAAAGAAACCUGUCUGCUAAAUCAACUCAGAAAUUUAUCGAAUCUAAUGCUAAAGUAUCAGACAAUAAACCUUUGGCAUCUGAUAACACUUUCAAUCAGACGAGGAGACAUAGCACGACACAUACAAACAAUCAUUCAGAUCGAUCUAGUUUAAUGUCUUCAAUUGCUGCAUCACUUCCUUCUUUGUUUAGUCCUACAGAAAUGUAAUUUAAUUACAAUAUGGAAAUAUUUAUGUUUA